UGAUAUUUAUUGAAGACAUUUUUGAACCGAGGUCAAAUGUAAACUGGGUCUCAAACAUGGCAGGGAUGCUUGUUGCUUCGAUUCUAGCCAUAAUAGUUGUUGCCUUUACACAUUUAAUUGUAAAGACUAUUAAAGUUAAGUACACUUUCUGGGGAUUUCCGGAGUCUAUAUACGACAAACACUGGCUGCUGGGACACCUACCACAUUACAAGGUACAAGGCUACCUCGGUAAGCAUUACAUGGAUAAAUUGGUGGAAUGGACAGAGAAAUACCCGAAAAUGUUUCUGACAUGGAUAGGACCUGCAACUGUAAGGGUUAUGCUGAAUCAUCCCGAUAGUGUCAAACAAAUACUGAGAACGGCAGACCCAAAACCGAUUGGAUACGGACAGAUUUACAGCCAUGCUAUACCGUGGUUAGGGGAAGGGCUUGUAAUUGCUGGGGGCGCCAGAUGGAAGCGCUCCAGACGUUUACUUUCUCCCGCUUUUCAUUUUGACAUCUUGAAACCUUACGUAAAAGUCUACAAAAGCUGUACCGAUCAUCUAGUGCAAAACAUCCAAACGUUUGCGGACAAGAAGGAGAGUGUCGAGGUGUUUGGAUUGGUCAGUGCCUGUACACUGGACAUCAUUCUACAGUGUGCUUUCUCUCAUCAGGCAGACUGCCAGAAUUUAGGUGCAGACAAUCAGUACAGUAAAACAGUGUACAGCCUGACCAAAGAAUGGAUGCGAAGGAAUGCAAGUCCCUGGCUGUAUCCAGACUCUAUUUAUUUUAAGACAGAAAAAGGAAAACAAUUCAAAUGUGAUUGUGAUUAUGUUCACAAAAUAGCAGAGGAUGUCAUAAGACAAAGAAAAGCCCUUCUGAAAAAUGAGGACAUUUCUAAUCGGAAAUACCUGGACUUCCUAGACAUUAUUUUAACAGCCAAAGAUGAGGAUGGGCAAGGAAUGUCUAUGGAGGAUAUUCGCAGUGAGGUGGACACCUUUCUAUUUGCAGGUCAUGAUACUACAGCAAGCGCCAUCUCGUGGAUAUUGUACUCAUUGGCUGAACACCCUGAACAUCAGAUGAAAUGUCAGGAGGAAAUCGACAGAGUGGUCAGUGAAACAGAGUCUGGAGAGCUUGAAUGGAACGACCUUGGGAGAUUGGAGUAUCUCACACAAUGCAUCAAAGAAGGAAUGCGUCUCCACUCACCUGUACCUUCUAUUUUGAGAGAGAACCAAGCUCCCAUCACUAUAGAUAACCACGUGAUACCAGCCGGAAGCUGUGUUGCGAUUUCUAUUUAUUGUCUCCACCACAAUCCAGCCGUGUGGGGACAGAACCAUAUGGAUUUCAGACCCGAUAGAUUCACCAAGGAAAAUAUCCGAAAGAUGGACCCUUUUGCAUAUUGUCCAUUCUCUGCAGGACCAAGAAAUUGCAUCGGGCAGCAGUUUGCAAUGGCGGAGGAAAAAAUCGUGCUAUCAACCCUUUUACGAAGAUUCAACUUUUCUGUGGACAAAAGCCACCAAAUCGAAAGAAUGCAGGCGGCGGUCAUGAAAACAAAGACUGGUAUUAAGCUGUUCGCUUCUCCCAGAUAAAAGACUUAACGAGAUCAUAAAUGUUUCUCUGUCAAGGAAUAUAUUUUCUGCUGUCAGCUAGUUUGUUGACCUUAUAUUAAGUGGGUUCGGAACAUUUUCAUUUUGUGACAUACUUCCUAUCGAAAUAAACAAUAAAAUCAAGUAUGA